CUCUCUCUGUUAUCAUUCCAGCUGAAUUUCCGUUCUUUCACAAUUACAAGAGAAAAGAAGACGAAAGCGACGAAGAAGACAAGGAUUCGAGUAGUUUUCAAAUAAGAAAAGACAAGAGGUGUUGAUUUUGAAUACAUUUGUCUCCUUUCUUCUUGUUUGGACAUGAGAGUUCAAACCAUUUUCAUGCCCUGACUGUAGCUAGAGAUCACAGAAAGUGGUUUUGAACAAGUAGAGAUAGAGAUUUUCGAUGGGUGGUUCCAAGAUAGAAGGGUCUUCUGCUCUAGCUAAUCGUCGUGAUCCAUAUGAGGUGCUUUCUGUGUCUAGAGAAUCAACUGAUCAAGAGAUUAAAACUGCUUACAGGAAGCUUGCUCUUAAGUAUCAUCCUGAUAAAAAUGUCAAUAAUCCCGAGGCUUCAGAACUCUUCAAAGAGGUUGCUUAUUCCUAUAGCAUUUUAUCAGAUCCCGACAAGAGAAGGCAGUAUGAUAAUGCCGGGUUUGAGGCUUUGGAAGCCGAUGGAAUGGACAUGGAGAUUGACCUCUCUAACCUUGGAACUGUUAAUACAAUGUUUGCAGCAUUAUUCAGCAAGCUCGGUGUCCCAAUCAAAACGACCAUUUCUGCAAAUGUUCUUGAAGAAGCUUUAAAUGGAACUGUUACAGUCAGACCUCUUCCCAUAGGAACAUCAGUUAGUGGAAAGGUAGACAAACAAUGUGCCCACUUUUUUGGUGUAACUAUGGGUGAGGAACAAGCUGAGGCAGGGAUAGUGGUUAGAGUCUCUUCAGCUGCCCAAAGCAAAUUCAAGUUACUUUAUUUUGAACAAGAUGUCAAUGGGGGCUAUGGUCUGGCAUUACAGGAAGACAGUGAAAAAACUGGCAAAGUGACAUCUGCUGGAAUGUACUUCUUGCAUUUCCAGGUGUAUAGAAUGGAUUCAACAUUAAAUGCGUUAGCAAUGGCCAAGGACCCUGAAGCGGCUUUCUUUAAAAGGUUGGAAGGCCUUCAACCUUGCGAGGUUUCAGAAUUAAAAGCCGGGACACAUAUAUUUGCUGUUUAUGGGGAUAACUUCUUCAAAACUGCUAGUUACACGGUUGAGGCUCUUUGUGCAAAGACUUACGAGGAUACAACGCAAAAACUCAAAGAUAUCGAGGAUCAAAUUUUAAAGAAGAGAAAUGAUCUACGUCAGUUUGAGACUGAAUACAGAAAGGCAUUGGCUCGGUUUCAAGAAGUAACCAAUCGAUACAGCCAGGAAAAGCAAGCUGUUGAUGAUUUGCUCAAACAGAGAGAUGUUAUUCACUCUUCAUUCACAUCAACAAGAACACUUGUUACCAGUGGAAGUAGCAUUAAUGUCAACAACGGUAUCGGUAGCAGUAAAAAUCUAGGCGAAGAUUUUAAGGUUGAUAGUCCCGGGGAAGAUGCAAGCUUGGAUGGGAAGGAGAAACCAUCAAAGAAGAAAUGGUUCAACCUUAAUCUGAAAAUAUCCGAGAAAAAGACUUAGGUAUGAUCAAAAGGUCAUUGCAUGAUUACAUUUGUGAUAUAUGUAAUAGAACAUAGUAGUAUAAGUCAUAUAUCAUAUUCUUACAUUGCUUCAAUUCAAAUGGGUUUUCUAGCAACAUUAUAAAAAAAAAAUUUACAACUUUUUGAGAGUUGGGUUUUUGUGUUGCAACUUGCAUUUGCCACCAGAUUUGAUGUAUAAACACCUAUUUUUUCUCCAUUCCGUUUAUGAUGAUAAGAAUCUCAAACGCGGGUGUUACUGACUCGGUUUGUCUAUGCAUUUGAUUUUUUCUUUU